UUCUGCAAAACAAAAAAGGAAAACUCCAAAAUCCAAAUGAACUUUCCUUCUCCUCAAACUCCAGCUCGCAGCUGCUUUCAUCUCCAAACUACCUUGGCGGAACCCUAACUACUCCCCUCUAACAAAACCGCCACCUUCUAGUUGUAUCACAACCUCUAUUCGGCGGCGCCGCCUCUGCCAUUGUGGAUGAAAAACCUAGAGUUUUCAAUUUUGGGGAAUUCCAACCACCUCUCCUUCUCUGCCGCUGAUAUUCUCGGUGUUGACGACAGUGCCUUUGUAGUAUGGAAUGAGCUAAAUGAGGUCAAUAUCAUCACAUGUAUCCAAGAUUUUAUGAGGCAGGGCAUUCACUAUAUUUGAUAGAUGAUGGAAAAUGUUCUUCAUGGAUACAUUUUACAGUAUUACAUGUGUGAUGUGUCUACAUGGCAUUAUACUUGGUUUUAAGUGAUAAGUAUGUAUCAACGGUUGAUCAAGUUCUCCAUCUUCAAUUUACUUGUUACUUCAAACAUUAAAAAGGCUGUAUCAGGAGUGAUCCACAACCCACAUAUCAAUAAAUCUUCCUUUAGAACUUAUCAGGAAACGGAUUUGUGUUAUCGACAAUGUAAUAUUGCUUGUCUCAAGCGAUUUUCUACUUACACUGAGCAAGCUGAGCUAUGUUGGGAAGGUUCUAAUCAUGAUAUUAUGUUGAAAAGGCUUGAAAGUGCAUUGUUGGAUUGCAAAGAUUAUGAGGUAUGGGCAGUUUUUAGCAAGUUUAAGAGUUUGUAUGGUUUUCCUCCUCCUGCUGUUUUGAGUAAGGUGAUCUCUGGACUCUCCUACUCAUCUGACCACCGCUCACUUCCUAAAGUGUGCAACUUAGUAUUUAAAAUUGCAAAAGAAAAUACUGAAUCACUUCAGCAUGAUAGUUUGUCUAGGCUUUGCCUUUCACUCGGAAGAGCUCAGAUGCCUGUCCUUGCAUCGAAAGUAAUUAGACUCAUGGUGCAGAGAAAUAGUGCUCCCCCAGUGGAUGUGUUGUGUUCUGUGUUUAUGCAUAUGGUAAAGACUGAGGCUGGCGAAUGUCUGGCAUCGAAUACCCUACUUGAAAUUUGUGACCUCUUCCAUCAUCUUAGUGCAAAGAGAUCUGAAUGUGCCAUGUUAAUGAAGCCUAGUACCACAAUCUUCAACCUUAUUCUUGAGGCUUGUGUAAGAUCUGGAUCAUCACUGAAAGGAAAUAAGAUAAUAGAGGCAAUGGCACGAAUAAGAGUAGUAGCUGAUGUACACUCCGUUCUUCUGUUCACUUACAUUUAUGAAAUGAAUGGUCUAAGGGAUGAGUUGAAGAAGUUCAAAGAGUAUGUAGAUCGAGUUUCUUUGCCACUUUCUCGACAUUAUGUUCAAUUCUAUGACAAGUUAUUGAGCUUGCAUUAUGAUUUUGAUGAUCUUGAUGCUGCUGCCAGACUUGUUGCAGAUAUUUAUCUUCUCUGGGGAUCACGUCCUCAGCAUCCAACUGAGGACCUAAUGAAGCCCUGUCAAGUACCUAUUGGUCCCCCAUAUUUGAAAGAAGGUUUGAAAGUACAAGUUAUGUUUGAGUUGCUGCAGAAGGAUUUUGUUGUUCACGCAAAAGGAAAAGAGGAGUAUGUAGUUCUUGAGAACGGAAAACUUGUCCUUACCAGUAAAGGGUGGGCACGACUAAUUAUAAAAUACAAGAAAAGAGAAAGGAUUAGUGAAUUGUCGGAACUUAUUGCUGCAAUUCAAAAGAAGACGGGUUCAGAUCAAGAAGGCAGUCUCUGCCGUGAUGUUAUUCAUGCGUGCAUUUAUUCUGGUUGCCUUGAGACUGCUCAUGAUAUUUUGGAUGAUAUGGAAAUGGCUAACAUGUCUGUUCCCACCUCAACAUAUAUGUUACUGUUGAAUGCCUACUGCAGAAAAAAUAUGUCCAAGGAAGCAGAAGCCCUGGUGAAACAAAUUAAAAGGAUUGGUCUGCUCAUCAAUGCAUCUGAUGAAAUGAUGGUAUCUAAUUGUAUUACAGGUGUACUAAAUGGAAGUGUGGUUGAACCAAUUACCGGUAGACAAUCAGAAUUAACUGAAUAUUUGGUCCAAGAAAUGAACGGGGAAUAUAAAUCUUCGUCUAAAGUUUAUGAGCUGAAUUCGUCUAUGUAUUUCUUCUGUAAGGCCAAAAUGAUGGAGGAUGCUCAGACAAUAUACAGAAAAAUGCAGGAGUUAAAUAUCCCGCCAACAGUGCAAACUUUCGCGUACUUGGUAGAAGGCUACUUAUCUUUAGAAAUGUAUCGGGAAAAUACCAUCUUGUGGGGUGACAUCAAAAGGUUUAUGUAUCAUGGAUGUUCACUUGCAAACAGGGAUUUGUAUGAGUUACUGCUGUUAAAUUUUCUUCGAGGAGGCUACUUUGAGAGAGUACUGGAUGUUCUUUGUUGUAUGAAAGAGCAAGCUAUGUAUACUGAUAGAUGGAUGUAUAAGCAGGAGUUUAUAAGGCUUCAUAAGAAUCUUUACAGAAGGUUGAAGGCCGCAGAUGCUACAACUGAAGCACAAAGAUUGAGGCUUGAGCAUGUUAAGGCCUUCAGGAUGUGGGUCCGCAAUAAUUGAACCGCAUUGGGCUGAGGCAAUCUGGUUUGGUUGACAGAAAGGUAGACAACCUAGCACUUGGUUUGUAAUUAGUCAAGCCAACAGGUUUGGCUUCAUCUAAGAAAAUGGGCUUCUAGUAUGCAGUUCAUACCAAAGCAUCCAGAUUCCAGUCAACAGACCGUCUCCACCAGCCACUUUGACCGUGGUACUAAAUGCUGCAAGCAGAAGUCAGACAAAUGGCAAACAAAUGUCAGCAGAGUCUUAAACAGAUUCACGGAAACCUUUCCAGCUUGUUGCAUCAGUGCAAGCAUAUGCAAGCACACUCAGAGCAGUACUAUACACCGUGAUUGGUUCAAUGAAAGCUAUUUCUCAGACGCUAAACGGACGACCUCAAGAGUGAGCUCCAAAUCACUCGGUGAAUUGAAUUAGUCAAUACUCACAUCAAACUCAAGCUUUAGAUAGCAAAUGACAUCAAAGACUCCAACAAUCAAAAUCUGCAAGAAUGCAAGUUAGACUUUACAAUCCAACCUACAAGAAAGUCCAACAACUUGCGUGACAGGUCUAUUUUCAGUUUUGAAUCUUAAAACCUCUUCUACAAGCUUGGUGAAACACCCUUACUGUUGGUUAUAACCAACUUGUACCAUAGCUGUCUUUGUUAACUCUCCCCCAUAUCUCAUUGUUUUAGGUACUCCCUCCGUCCCGGAAUACUUGACCUGUUUUCCUUAUCGGGCCGUCCCUUAAUACUUGACCUGUUUCUAAACAUGUAAAUAUUCUAACAAUAUUAUAUUAUUUCUCACUCCACCGCUAUUAACCCACCUACCCCCUACUCCAUACAAAAAAUAAUUAAAAAUUCAACCCCUACUCUCCCCCAACCUCACCUCUUAACCCACCUCCCACUAACUACAUUAAAAUAAUACCCUACUAUCAACUACUAUCUAUUAAAUUAAAUAAGUCAAUUCAAAACCUUUAAAUUCUGUGCCGGUCAAACCGGGUCGAGUAUUCCGGGACGGAGGGAGUAUUUGUACUAGAGAUACCUGGCCUAACUUGCUUGUGACUUGUGACUUACUCUUAUUCAAAUUUGGCUAGGCCAUAACUCGGUUUGUAUGAGCUUAACUCGAUUUUAAAUUCAGAACUUCUAUGCUAAUCUAAUGGCACUAGCCGCACCACCGAACUUCAAAAUCUUAACCAAUACUCCUUUUGUCCCUAUUUGUUGAGGUAGGUUACACGGUUUUUGCCCCAUAUUUUCGCUUAUUGCGUUGAAAAGUCAAACAAAGUACUAAGUACCGGCAAUAAUGACAGUAAUUAAUAAAACAAUGACAAUAUUUUAAUACAAUAAUAACAAUAUUUAUGCAAACGAUGACAAUACUUAUAUAUAACACUUAAUACACAACACUUUUACCCAUUAAUUUAAUAUGCAAUACUUUUACCUAUUUAUUUAAACGAUCCCUUUACUUUUUCUAUUUCAUUUCAUUUCCUUUUUUCUGGGUGAUUGACAGUAUUUUAAUAUAACAAUGACAAUACUUAUAUUACCGUUGACUAUAUAACAAAUUAGCAACCAUUUCACACAUUUAUUUAAGGGCCAACCAACUUUUUCAAUUUCUUUUCUUUUACAUUCUUUUUGGGGUGGGUAUGGGGCAAACACCCGUUGGUGGACAACGUUGUAACCUAACUCCUAUUUGUUUGCCUCAUUUGUUAUAUUAGUCCGUCCCUAAAUAUAGUCCCUCUAUCGUAAAUGUUUAUGGGACUACAAUUUUACUCUCAUAUAUAAUACAUUUGGCACACCACUUUUGAAUUUUCUCAAUUCUAUUUACUCAUUUCUUAAUGAAGCACAUUUGUUUUAAGGGACGAACAAUAAGGGACAGAGAAAGUACUUAAACACCUACAAAAAUAGAAAUGAUAUUUGGUCAGAUCGUUUGACAAAAGAUCCGGACUACUCAUCCAAAUAUCAAGGAGAGGGAAGAGAGAGAGACAAAAAGUGAUCUAUGAAUAAUUGAGCACCACGUCAGUCAAUCCAACCACACACAAACAAAAUUGCCAAAAUGCAAAUUGUCCCUACAUUCCACCCUCACUCGAUAAGGCUUACAAAAUUUCCCAUCAACAUUUUCCAGAAAAACCAAUCCUACACACAACCAACAUUUCUAGAUUAAUCUUUCCCCAUUUGCAAUUUGCACCCCUGAAAUUAAUUUUAGGCCACUUCCCAUAUUCAAUUUCUUCAAGAACAAUUCAAUUCCUUUGACCUUCC